AUGUCUAACUAUUCAAUUCUCUGUAUUAUGGCGAUUGUCUUCUUGCUGUCUGUUACCGUCAAUUCCCAAUUAUUCGGUGGUUGGUCGCAACCAGCUUGGGGAUACAGUGCUCAAGGAGUUGGAGUCGAUCAGUACGGAAACACCUUCGAAGGAACCCCACAAAACGGAAUCUACUUGUUCUGUAAUGGACAUGGAUGUCCUGGACGCGGCUGA